CUUGACGGGUGGCCCGCAGAAUUCAGGCCGGGUGCCUUCGACGUAUUCCCGCCCAGCACCUAGGUACCGCAUAAGUAUCCUUUCCGAAAGUGUCCGCUCACGACGGCGCGAGAUAGCGCCGCAGAGGUACGGCAUCUGCUGCGCCCGCUACUUCGUAUCGUUGUGCGAGUUACCAGCGGGUACAUCGGGCAGCCUGUUCGGCCGCCCGCGGCAUCAGCCCUCUCUCUUUUAUCGUCGUCAACCCUCCUCCUACAGCCAAGCAUCGGCGUCUUAUAGUCUUCUGCCUAUAGCAUGUUCACGGUGGGCCGCUGGCCGGGUCGUUGUCCGAUGUCUGUGGGCGACUCGUCGCGAUCCGUCUGAGCCGACGCUUCGUCUUCUCCCUUCUCCCACCCCCGUGCCCCGGCCAUGUUCUUCUUACACCGCUCGCUCAUCGCCGCCCGAGACAAGUCGAUGUGAUCUGUCUGAGUAGGAGAUGCCAUCGUGUUAGCCGUCUGCGACUCGUGCCACCUGCUGCGCAACACAUCGCUGGUAGAUAGCAGCCAGCCAGCCAGCCGUCUUCCUCCGCGCCGCUCCCCGCGCCGCAUCUUUCGUGACGUCCUUCGCCACAUCUCCCUCGUCCUCGCUUCUUCCUCUCGCUCUCCGCCGCUCGUUGAUGGCCCUCCUAGGGCGUAGCCAGCAUCGAAAAAUGCUCGUCCGCCGCUUGCUUGACCCGCCGACGCUCCGGGCUUUCGGAGCCUUCGCCCUGAUGUCGACAGCGUACGCCAGAGAAUACAUAACCGGCACCAGUCUGGACGGCGUCACUCAGACGUUGGCACUGGAUCGAACGCCUGCCCUGUAUACCGGCGACUUUGGAGACUGUCUCGGGGGGGAGAGUCUGCUCAACGUGACCAAAUUCGACGCUGCCUUCUACUAUGACAACUCUACCAUCCUCUUCCACCUCGACGGCACCACCAAUAUCCGCAAUGAGGAUGUCAUGUUAUACAUAUCUGUCGAGGCCUACGGGGAAAGCCGGUUCUCGAUGACGGUAGACCCAUGCCACGUAAACAUAAAUAGUCUAUGCCCGUUGAACGCCACGCGACCUAUCGAAGCCUUCGCCUUAUUUCCGAUCGGUCCGGUACAUGUUUCCGGCAUUCCGCAGAUCGCCUACGCUGUCCCCGAUAUUGAAGGCUUCGCGAGAAUCCAGAUCUUCGCCAACUCGAGCCGGACCGAGAUUGGGUGUUUCCAGGCGGCCAUGAGGAACGGGCAUUCCUUUUCGCAGCCGGCGUCCGUCAGCACCGUCCUAGGCGUCUUCACCGUCGUCGCCAUAAUCGCUUCGUUCGCAACCGCAGCCUACGGGGUAAGUAUACCCCAUAUGAGGACUCAUUACGCCCAUUCGUUAUCCGUCCUGGUCGUAUUCGAGACCUUCCAGUCCAUAUUCUAUUCCGGCGCCUUGUCCCUACCCUGGCCCAGCGUCCUCCCCGCCUGGUGGAGCAAUUUCGCCUGGGCAGCUGGCCUGGUCCCAAGCUCGAGUAUUGUGCAUUCGAUCGACCCCUUUGUCGGGGUCAGCGGCAACCGAAGUCAGGUUGGAGCCGCUGGCUCCAACAUCAUCAACAAUCAAGGCGGCCUUACGCAGCAGAUCUACGGCCGUUCCCUCAUAUCGAACAUCCUAAGCCGACUUAUACAUAAAGCCCCUGCUUCCGCCCAUAAGGCUGUAGGCGCGUUAGAGAAGAGACAGGCUUAUAACCCGAACGAUCCUUACGAUUACAAUUGGAACGGAGAUCCGGUCGAACCCGGAAUGCCGUUGCCCGGGGACUGGACCGGCUUCGCCGGCGAACUUUCUGCUCUCGGCAUCCCUACUCUCAAUGCUUUCAUGGUCGGCCUCAUCUGGUCGCUCAUCGCCCUGGGAUUAGUCAUUUUCUUUCUCGUGGGCUUUAAAUUUUCCCUCGAGGUCCUGGCCAAGUUGAGGUGGAUCAAGCAGGAUCGCCUCGAGUAUUUUCGUACUCACUGGACAAGUUACUUAGGCCUUUCUGUCCUAAGAACUCUCUUCAUCGCUACCUUUUCGCUUUUCACGCUAGCCAUAUUUCAAUUCACGCUCAAUGGCCCAGCGGGACCUACUGCGAUAGCCGCCAUCGUCUUUUUCAUCAUGGUGGUUGGAAUAGGCGGCCUGUCCGUAUACACGUUGCACUUCCGGCUGCGAUCCAGCGAGUUAUCCAUCGACUCCGACCGCAUCCUACUCCACAGUGGCAAAAUUCUGGGUUUUAUUCCCUGCGUGGUGCCAGUACGUCUUAGUCGAUUAAGAGAGAAGGAGUUGGCACAGAAGCCGGCGGGCUCGUUACCUUUUAUCCGCUUCCACUUCGUCGACCAAGACCCCAAUCGGAAGAACGUUCACCUAGAUGAGCCGUGGGUAAAGCGUUUCGGCUGGCUGUCUGCACGUUAUCGACUUUCACGGUGGUGGUUCUUCGCCUUCUGGCUCGUACAUCAGCUUGCCCGAGCGUGUUUCCUCGGAGCUGCUUGGACUCACCUGUUCGCCCAGUUGUUCGGUCUGUUCAUCAUUGACAUCCUUGCCCUCAUCGUCAUCGCGGCACUGAAUCCGUACGAAGGCCAGCGCAAUACCGCUCUGGCCGUUUGGUUGCUGGGGAUCACUAGGGUGGCAACAACUGGUCUCUCGAUUGCUUUCCUCCCCGAUUUCAACCUCGAUCGCAUGGUGGCUACCGUAAUCGGAGUUGUCAUAAUUGUGAUCCAGGGACUCCUUACCAUUGCGGUGAUGAUUUUGAUAAUUAUCGGCGGAAUCUCGUCUUGGAUGUCGUUGUCCCGGAACCGUGAGUACUUCAGCUCAGAAAUGCUAGAGGGCGUUCGAAUUCGAUACUUCGAACACAUCGCGCAGAAGGCUACAGACGAGCUUCCGCCACCGAAGCCCAAGUCGAAACCAAAGACGGAGUCAGAACCCAACGGCACGGUAGCAUUCCCGGACCUUCCAAAAGAGCCGCACUUCUCUGUCAACUCGGUUCGACGUGCUCCGAAGAUCGAGGAUGAGGACGAGGACUACAUAGCAGAGAUGAACCCGGUCCGUAUUUCUGGUACCCCAGCACUUGGUCCGGGCCACGUAGCAAAGACAGGUCGCACCUCCAGCAUGAGUUCGCGACAUUCCGUCUCCAGCCUACCCCGCGCGGCUCGGGUUCAUCGCGCCUCGUGGAGCUCUAGAGACUUCUCUCAGUGGCAAGCGGACCAGGACCGACCCGAUCCCGCCCUCGUGCAGCGACUGAGUAGCGGUCCCACCCACGUCCGCUCCGAUUCUCUGAAACUCGGCGCGACACGAAGGAACUCCUCGGUCGGGAGCCUCGGAGCGUCGGGCACUCCUGCCCCCGGCAGUCGGCCUAUGACCCCUACGAAAGAGGUCGCCGAGGGAGACUGCGAAGGCCCAGACGAGGCCAAGGAAAUCCCAAAGGGCGGGGAGAAGGAGAACACGGAGAAUCCCCAACAGCCCUGAGGACUCGAUCUAAUCGCAGCUGCCCAUCUUGCAGAGGGGGUGAUAAUGACCAGUUGCCUUUUUUUAACGACUCGAAUGCCGCAACGUUAACUAGCCAGCAUCGCCGACGUUCGCAUCUUUUUUCUCUCUUUCUAAUUUAAGUCGAACCAUUAUACCCCCUCCAGCGCUCGCGCGCGCGGCACAUUGUUUUUUCUUCCUUCCUUCCUUCCUUUUUACCGUCAGGCGCUCUAAGAGAGAGAUAGAGAGAGGGUAUUCACUAUGGAUCCGUCGAUCGGCUGAUAGCCUCUCUCUCUCUCUUCUCACGAUCCGUAACGAGAUGUACCCCGAUGCAUGGAGUGGCGUUUAGUAGAUAUUUACCACGGAGCAUUCGGAAUAUGAGAGUAGCAGGUAGGAGGAAGGCUUCGGGUGGGUCGACUAUUUCUCUCUCUUGUUGAUUUCGUCGAUAAUUUCGAUCCCGGGACACGACGGCCCACGGACACGGUACAGUUCAUGCAGACCAACGAACUUCGAGACAAGACGGUCAGAUCUUAGAUAGAUAGAGGACUAGCAGUAGUAGUGAUAGAGAUAUCUACAUAAGACAUGAAUGACACUAGCAACCCGCCGCCGAGGGAUAGACGUGUACGAUCG